AUGCGCUCCUUUCUGCUUGCCGCCGGCAGCAAGAAGAAGCAGAUGGAGGAACAGCUGGUGGUGCUGCGUCGGCGAGUGCAGCUGUUUGCAUCAUGCGGAGGCUGCGCUGAAGCCUCGGCUGCAGCGCGUCGUGUCCUUCAGCUGCUGCAGCAGCAGCAGCAACGGGAGUCAGGUCGAGUGUAUGUGCACCUGGACAUGGACAUGUUCUUUUGUGCAGUGGAAAUGCGAGAUGAUCCUUCUUUGGGGUCUCAGCCUAUGGCCGUGGGGAGUUUAUCUAUGUUAUCUACGGCCAACUAUGCGGCGCGGCGCUUCGGUGUUCGCUCCGGCAUGCCGGGGUUCAUUGCAAAACAGUUGUGUCCUUCUCUUGUAAUCGUGCGCCCCAACUUCGGAAAGUACAGAGCCGCAGGAGAAACUAUUCGUGCUGUCCUCCAGACGUACGACCCCUCGCUUUCUUCUCACUCCCUCGAUGAAGCUUCUCUGGACGUUACAGACUACCUCAGCAAGAUGUCCCCUCCUGCAAACGCUACCGCCCUCGCCGCACCCACUACAAACACACACGGGAAGACAGAAGAUAUGCCGCCAGAAGCAGCAGCGCCAGCGGUAGCGACAGCAGCAACCGAUCGGGUAGCUGCGCUUGUGUCUGAGAUUCGCGCCGCCGUUACAGCAGCGACGCGCCUCAGCUGCAGCGCCGGCGCUGCGUCGAGUCGUAUAGUAGCAAAGAUCGCAUCGGACAUGAAUAAGCCGAACGGACAGAAGAUCGUAGAAGCAACGGGAGCAUCUGCUGAAGCAGCUGCAGCAGCAACAGCAGCCUUUUUAGAGUCCCUCAAUGUGCGCAAGAUACCGGGGAUUGGUAAACACCGAGAAAAGAUGUUGAAUGCGUUUGAUAUUCGCACGUGUGGGGAAUUGUUGCAGCAAACGCCGCUGCUGCUGCACCUGCUACCGCGGAUCACAGCGGUCCACCUUAUCCGCAUGGCUCUAGGAAUCGACGGGUUGCCCGCCGAGUUGCAGCAGCAGCAACAGCAACAGCAUCAGCAGCAAAGCGUAAGCUCGGAAGAAACGUUCUCGGCAACCAACGAGCUGCCAGUGCUGCGCCGGGUGGUGGAGCAGCUGGCAGCAGCAGUAGCCAAGCAACUGAAGGAAUUAAGACAAGAGGGCGACCACGUAACUCUUAAGGUGAAGUUUGCAGACUUUUCGGUACGGACAAUAUCACACCGGCUCGCGCAUCACACGGACGACGGUGCAGCCAUCGCAACGGCAGCUCUAGGCUUGCUACAGUCCGUCGUGCGGGAGCAGCAGCUCAAGAAGCAGACGAACAGCAGCAACAACAGCAGCAACGGUACCGUGAAGGGCAUGCCGACUUGGGUGCGGCUGCUGGGCGUGCGGUGCUCGGGCUUCAGACAGGCGAAGGCGCGAAGCGCAGGGCUGCGCCGGCUGGAUGAGUUUUUCUCGCACCAGCAGCAGCAGCAGCAGGAGCUGCAGAAGCUAGCAGCAGCACCUGCACGGAAUUCUGUGCCACAAAUCGAAGGGGACUGGCGCGUCGACACUGAAGAGCUCGACGACCUGCUGGCUGUUCUCUCCCAACAUCAGCACGAAACGGCACCAGCAGAGCCGGCAGCACACGCGGAGCAAGACGCAGCAGCAUCCCCAGAAGCUGCAAGGUACGCAGUAGCAACAACUCCAGCAGCAGCAGAGUUACCAGCGGAAGCAGAAGGAGCAGCUCCCGUCGUAUCUUUCACCCCGAAAAGAGAGACAGCAAUGACGACAGAAACAGUAGCAACAGAAGUAGAAGCAGCAGCACCAAACGGCGUUACUGCUGCAAAAGAAGCCCCACAGCUGCAUAUCGAUCCAGCUCAAUGGGGUGCUCAACAGCAGCAAACGAGCAGGAGUACCGGAUCGGAAAGCCACAGAAGCAGCCAAAGGCAGGAGGGCAAAGGGCUACUGUUGAAGCCUAUCCCGCAACAUAAGCAGAAGAAGCGACGUCGCUCUCCUUCCCCCCCAAUUCACGAGCGACUGAUGCAGCAGAAGCGCCAGAAAGGAAAGCAGCAGCCACAGCUGCUGGAACUCUUAAAGGGGCCACGCAAACAAAGACACAAUAAUCGAGCUGGAAAGGAACAGAGUCAGACACAAAACAGUAAACAGGGGCAACUCUCAGGAGAAGCCGUUGUGGUUGAAGUUGUCAGUGACUGA